UGGCAGACACAGCACAUGCAUGUGUUCAUGGAGUAGUGGCGCACACCUACGCUCUCACACUGGACUGUGAGAUGGAUGUGAUGAUGGAUGAUAACUACAUGGAGGGGAUGGAGAUGGAGACGGAGAACAAUCCAACAAUGGAUACUGACUUUUCUUCAGAUAAGACGUACCAACAUCUGACAAUUAGAGAAGGGACUUCCAGUAGCUGCAGGAGGGUCAAAGUGAGAUCCAGACCCAGACUCCAGUCCACAAAGAGCUUCCCCCCUUACAAUCAGUGCAUUGGGGGACUCGGAGAAGACGGGGAUGGAGACGAUGAGCUCAGUCAGUCGAGCGAUGUGAUGAGGGAAGACAGGAAUGAGGUCUGUCAAGGCACAGAAAGAAACAUUGAAUUGAUCCCAAGAUGCGCAAGGGAUGAAGUAAAGGAACAAUGGAGGAUGAGGAGGAAGGAAAGGGUGGGGGGCCGCGGUGAAGAUACAGAUGGAUUGGAGAGGUGGAGUGGGAAUAGAAGAGUGGAAGAGAAGAGCGAGUGUGAGGAUAAGGGGAUGGAAGGGGGCACAAACAGCGAGUGGCAACACUGCAGAGGUAGAAACUGUAGUUUUGAGAUUGAAGAAGUGGAUGAAGAGAGGAAGACAUCGUCAGAGGGGGAGAACGAGGGGAGCGGGGAGACCCAAGAGAGGAGGGAUGGAGAGGCAGAGGAGCUGAUAGGAAUCAAAGAGGGCUCCACAACACAUCAGUGGUCCUCCGCACAUCCAAUCCUCUCCAAGCUUCUGCACUCCUCCUCCUCCACCUCCUCCAGCUCCUCCAUCAACUUCUCCUCAGCAGAGAGCGAUGAGGUCUUCAGUGAAGGAGAGGAUGUUGGCUCAAAGAGGAGGGCCUUCAGGAAGAGCCGCUCCUGGAAGACCUACCUGACCAUGAUGCACUGGUCUCUGCGGCGGCAGGGCUCCUGGGUCCAGCUGGCUGGACAUCAAGGUAACUUCCAGCUGAGUGAGGGAGGGGAGGUGUUGAAACUGUACUGUGAAGUGGAGGCAAAGUGUCUGGACUCCCUGAUGAUAGAUGCGCUGAGACCCUUCGUCCCGCAGUACCACGGCUGCGUCACCAGAGGGGAGCACUGCUACAUCCGCCUGGAGGACCUGCUGAGCGGCCUGAGGAGACCUGUCAUCAUGGACUGCAAGAUGGGAGUCAGGACAUACCAGGAGGAGGAGGUGGCAAAAACCCAGACUAAGGCCACUCUACGGAGUGACAUGUACCAGAAGAUGGUGAAAGUAGACCCUUCCGCUCCAUCAGUGGAAGAACACGAACAGAAAGCGGUGACCAAGAGUCGGUACCUUCAGUGGAGGGAUACAACCAGCUCUACGUCCACGCUGGGUUUCAGGAUAGAGGGCGUCAUGAUGGAGGAUGGCAGUGUCCAAAGGGAUUUUAGGAAAAUUCUGACUUUAGCUAAGGUCACUGAGGCAAUGCUCUACUUCACCCGGAGUCAGCUGGAUAUCCUGAAAGCGUACCACUCCAGACUUCUGGCCCUGAGCGAAGCCCUGAAGAAUUCACUGUUUUUCAGGAGCCAUGAGGUGAUUGGCAGCUCGCUCCUCUUUGUCCACGACCACAGCAGCAAGGCCAGCGUGUGGAUGAUAGACUUUGGGAAGACGACCCCUUUGCCUGACAGGCUCGAGCUCCGACACAACAUCCCGUGGGCCGAGGGGAGCCGGGAAGACGGCUACCUCAUCGGUCUGACGUCCCUCAUCGCUUCUCUGAGCCAGGCCAUCAGUGUGGCCUCUUCUCAGCAGGAGGACAGCUGCGGAGAAGAGCAGAGUGUUGCAUGAAGUACACUGAGAGAUGUGGGGGUGACCAACUCCCACUAAAAAACACUUAUAUUCAGGAUCAGAUGGAUACAUCACUGCUGUUACACUUUGAACUGUUGCAUCGUUAGAUUCUCUAUCUGGAAGACGCACAGCAGGGGAGGAUUUGUUUAUGGGGGGAUCUUCCUCAAAGGCAGGGGAAGAGGACUGACAGUGUAUUAUUUAGAUAACAUCAAUAGAAAUGUAAUGUGGUUGACUUGCAAUUGUACAUCUGGCAUGUACCG